CAUGACCGAUCGACAGUAGCAGUGUCUGUGACUAGAGAUGGCUGCUGGACGCCUGGUGCUGCUGGGGUGUCUAGCCCUGGCGCUGCUGCAAACACCGUCACACGCUGAGUUCCUCGAUGAAGAUCUAGUCUUUGAAGAACCGUCGGGUGGUCCCAGAUGGAAGGUAGUGAACCACCGAAGGACGGCUAGUGGUAGUGUUAGUGAUAGUGGAAGUGACGGUGUAGUGAGUGAUAGUGUGUGGGGAGGUGCAGCAAGGAUGCUGGACAGGGUGAAGAGGCAGUUUGAUGGUUGGUCGUUCUGGUCAGAUUCUUCGGAAGAGACGACGCCGGAGACGUCGACGACGGAGAAGGAAAUAACUUCGCAACCUUUGUAUUCCAACACGUUAUCGAGAGAUACACGGAGUACAGACGGAGACGACGUUGAUGUUUUCAACUCCACCCACCAUAACAACUACCUGUCGUCACUGACGACGGACGAUGACGACUUUAACAACGGAGGCACGUCAGGCUACCAUUCCUCUGGAGAACCGACGGAAGACCGAUUCCCAGAACCUGAUGAUGACGAUCUGAUCCCAGUGAGCUCGGAGCCACCAGACUUUGGCAGUAACAACUUUUCUCCCCAACAGAGAGCUUUCUUCCGAGUAACGAUGACUGUUCACGAGCCGUACGCACCAGAUUUUGCCGACAGAAACAGUGAAAAAUUCAAGGAAUUCUCUGAGAAGUUCUCUCGAGCCAUAGAUGAACUCCUAGUCAACAUCGAAGGAACACAGAAGUCUGGUGUGAUCGAUAUGGACAAGAGCGAAUUUGACGUUUUUAAUUCCUUUGUAACGUUUGACAUAUCAUCGGAAGGAGCCACAAACAAGAAUGAAAUUGAAGACUUGUUUCGAAGACAUAUUGACCAGUUCCGCAAUAUUGGACCUUACCCAGUCAGCACGGAUGGGCUUAGUGUCCGCGAUUUCAGGGAUCCGCCCCGCUCACCCCCGCAGCUUCUUCCACCCGUCUGCAGACCGGGUGACAUCGAGUGUGACACCUACUCCGGUGAACGUUGCCUCUCCAACGCCGCUCGCUGCAACGGCUCCACAGAAUGUCUGGACGGAUCUGACGAGGCCGGAUGUCCUCCGGUCAACAUCCCGUACAUUCCUGAUUGCGCCACUGGCGAGUUCAUGUGUGAUCUGACUCGGUGCAUCCCGCAAAGCCAGGUCUGUGACGGUGAGGACCAAUGCAGCGACAAGACUGAUGAACAGGACUGUCCUAAAGCAUGCCGACAUGAUGAGUUUGAGUGUCGAGAUGGCAGUGGUUGUGUCGACCGUAGUCGCUACUGCAACGGACGCCCGGACUGUCGGGACUACAGUGAUGAGGAGUACUGUAACCACACCAGACCAGACAUCCAUCAAUGUCCUUUGGGCCAGUUUCUCUGCUCAGUCUCGAGGAUAUGUGUUCCCCUGUCGAAGAGGUGCGAUGGAGUCGUAGAUUGCUUGUAUGACAGCACUGACGAACUUGGAUGUUCUUGUGAUCCUUCCCGGGAGUUUGAGUGUGAAGACAAAAGCUGUAUAGACGCUCGACUACGUUGCGAUGGCGUGGUGCACUGUCCGAACGAUGCAGCGGACGAGCGAGACUGUCCUGAGCGUACUAUUAGUGUUUGCUCAUCAACGCAAUUCCGAUGCAGAGACGGAACUUGUAUUGACCUUAGUCGAAAGUGCGAUAGCAAAGUCGAUUGCCCUGAUAAUUCAGACGAACAGAGUUGUACCAAGUGCAAGCCUGAUGAGUUUCUUUGUGGAACUGGAUUGUGCAUUUCUCUUACGCGACGCUGUGACGGGACCACUCACUGCCAAGACCGGAGUGAUGAACUCAACUGUAAUGCUACUUGCGGUUCAGGAGAGUACCAAUGUCGCAACGGAAGGUGUAUAGGAUGGAAUCUGCGUUGCAAUAAAGUCGAUGACUGCCAAGACUAUUCGGACGAAUUGAACUGUCCUCGUGACUCGUGUAGGAGAGAUGAGUUCCGCUGCAGCAGUGGCCAUUGUCUAUCAAUGAGUGCUCUCUGCAAUGGCCGACCCGAUUGUCCCGGAGGAGAUGAUGAAAUACACUGUCCCAAUGCCCAUACCUGUCAGCCGUAUGAGUUUCAAUGCCGUAGAGAUCGUAACUGUGUACCACAAUCACGGAAAUGUGACGGCUACCCAGACUGCUCUGACUCCAGUGAUGAAGAAGACUGUGCUGUUCCGUGCCGUCAAGAUGAGAUCACCUGCGGGGACGGAAGCUGCGUGAGACAGGAACUGAAAUGUGACGGAACACCAGACUGUAGAGAUGGAGCGGACGAGCGCAACUGUCCUGUCCGAUGCAGACCAGACGAGUUUGUUUGUGACGGGAGCCGCUGCGUUCACAACUCCAAGAAAUGUGACAGAAACCCAGAUUGUGCUGAUUACACUGACGAACUCAGCUGUGGUGUGCCUGCAUCCCAGUCGCCCCCAGUGUCGGACAACCGAGUGAGCUGCGCGUACGGACAAUUCGCUUGUUCCUCGGGAGACCAGUGUGUGCCGAUGUCCACCCACUGCGACAACAACUACGACUGUAGAGACUUCUCCGACGAGUCAAACUGCGCUGGAAAUCCAGAUGGUCUCAAUUUGAAAACUUACCCAACAGAUCAAAUCAUCAAAGAAAGCAGGGAGGUGGUGUUCCAGUGUCGAGACGAAGGGCCACUAAGGGCUUCUGUGAGGUGGAUCCGUAGUAACAACGAACCUCUACCUCCCGGCUCACGGGAUAUCAAGGGACGGCUCGAGAUGCCAAACAUUCAGCUGGAGCACACCGGAACUUACAUCUGUGAGGCUAUUGGUUUCUCUCCUACCACACCAGGCUCCAGGGCUUCUGUAUAUCUCAGAGUAGAACCAUUUGAUGAAAUCGCCGUGCCAACUCGUAAAGCUUGUGGAUUCAACGAGGCUACAUGUUCAAACGGAGAUUGCAUCGCUAAGAACCGUGUUUGUGAUGGGAGAAACGACUGUACUGAUGGAUCAGACGAGAUAAGAUGCAAUCCGCAUGGGUGUGAGCCGAACGAGUUCCGUUGUGACAACAAGAAGUGUGUCCAGAAGACUUGGAGGUGUGACUCAGACGACGACUGCGGGGACGGCUCAGAUGAGAGAAACUGUGAACCGAGCCCUCCAGGUUCUGCGUGUCAAUACAAUGAGUACCAGUGUGCCAGGAGGGACCAAUGCAUUCCAAAAGCAUUCCAUUGUGACAUGGAGGUAGACUGCCAAGACGGCAGCGAUGAGUUUGGUUGUUCAAAGGCGGAAAUUCAGAAGCCACCGCCUUCUAUGGUAGUGAAGCAGCCUGGUGAGACGUUCAUCAUCACUUGUACGGCAGUGGGCGUUCCUACCCCGGAGGUGGUGUGGCGGCUCAACUGGGGACACAUUCCCCCCAAGUGUCAAACCACGAGUAGGGACGGCUACGGUGUCCUUACCUGCCCUAAUAUUCAGGAGUCGGACCAAGGCGCUUACAGUUGUGAAGCCCUCAACAACCGAGGGUCGACCUUCGCCAUUCCUGACACGAUACUCGUGGUUAAACCGUCUCACACGACCUGUCCCGAAGGUUCGUUCAAUGACUUGGCUACAAGACCUGACGAGUGCAUUCCUUGCUUCUGCUUCGGUGUCACCACCAAGUGUCGCAGUGCCGACCUGUAUAUUUACCAGUUGCCUCCGCCCUUGGAUGUCUAUAGGAUAGUAAAUGUCUACGUUCCUUCUUCAGGAGGCAUAGAGAUCCGGCGAGGUGAGACUUCCCAGUUCCAGGCUUCCAUCCAUCCUUCAGGAAGGAGUGGGUUCCAGAUAUCAUUGACAGACAAUGAACUGAAAUCUUCAUACUACAAUCCCGUGUAUCCGUACUUUGCCUUGCCAGAGAACUACCAUGGCAACCAGCUCAAGUCUUACGGAGGAUUUAUCAAAUACACUGUCAAAACUGACGGAACCGGCAGCUCACUUCCUAUACCUGAUAUCAUCCUCUCUGGCAACAACUACACCCUGGUGUUCAAAGGACCUCCCCUUGAUCCCCGGAAAGAGAACAACAUCGCUGUCCAGUUCUAUCCGGGUAACUGGUACAGAGUCAGUCAGGAUAACAGGGAGUAUCCGGCAUCUAGACAGGAUAUCAUGAUGACUCUGCAGAACAUUGAUCAGCUGCUUAUCAGGACGCAAUACUUCAGUGAUGGUCUGGAGACGACCAUCACAGACAUCAACAUGGACUCUGCAGCCUACAGUAACAGUGGUCAAGGUCAGGCAGCUUACGUAGAGAACUGUGAGUGUCCCGUCGGCUACUCUGGGCUCUCUUGUGAUAGUUGUGACCGAGGUUUCAUGCACACCGAGAACGGACCAUGGCUCGGCAGAUGUGAACAACAGGUUGACUGUCCGCCCAAGUAUUACAAGGAUCACAGGGACAACCGUUGCCAGCCGUGUCCGUGUCCUCACACUGACUCACACCAGUUUGGCACGUCGUGCAUUUUGGCGUCAGACAACAACAUUACCUGUUCGUGUCCGCCGGGCUACGAAGGACGGCGCUGUGAAAAGUGCUCAGAGCCGUACUAUGUUGGGAACCCACUGCAGGGACAGGCUUGCGUCCGCAGACCUCCUGAAUCUGAGUGUGAUGCAGCCGGAUCAAGAUCAUCCCAACCAGACCCCUACACCGGCCAGUGCUUGUGCAAGGAAUACGCUACUGGACGUACGUGUAACCAAUGUAAGCCGAACACAUUCAACUUGGCAUCCGGCAACCAGUUUGGCUGCAUCAGCUGUUUCUGUAUGGGCAUCAACACUACUUGCGGCAGUUCUGACCUCUACAGAACACAGAUUGUCGCUGCUUUUACAAGGGACAAUCAGGGAUUCAAGCUUGCUGAAGCCAACCAUCUCAACGAACCGAUUACAGACAUUCAAGUGAACCCGUCCGCACAAGAGAUUUACUUCCAACAGUUCAAUCCAGGGACCUACUACUGGAUGCUCCCAAGCAAGUUCCUCUUUGACAAGGUGACAUCUUACGGCGGCAACCUGCGCUAUACUCUCCGCUACAUUCCCGGCCCCAGCGGCCAGAGGUCCAAGAACAGCGCUCCAGAUGUUGAGAUUAUUAGUGACAGUGAAGUUCGUCUGGUGUACUACAACCGCAAUCAGCCCCAACCAGAACCCAACAGGCCGGUGACCAUGACUGUUCCACUGCUAGAGCAGUACUGGGAGAGAGUGGACGGAGCCCCAGCCAACAGAGAACAGCUGCUGAUGGGGCUGGCGGGGCUCAGUAAUAUUCUAAUCAAGGCCACCUACACCACCAACACUCAGGAGGCUGCUCUGAUCUCCGUCUCGUUGGACACGGCUACUGACGACCGCAACACUGGGCAGGCUCGUGCGGUGGAGGUGGAGCAAUGUCAGUGCCCGCCUGGCUACCGAGGCACCAGCUGUCAACAGUGUGACGCUGGAUACGCCCGCAUGGAAAAGGGACUGUACCUCGGAGCUUGUGAACCAUGCAGCUGCAACGGUUUCUCCAGCGAGUGCGACCCAGUCACCGGCGACUGCUUGAACUGCAGGGGUAACACGCAAGGCAACAGAUGCGACCGCUGCAUCAACGGCUAUGUUGGCAAUCCUGCCUCUGGUGUUCCCUGCACUAAGGAGUACGGCUGCUACUGUGAUCCUAGAGGCAGUGCUAGCUUGACUUGUGAGCAAGCCAAUCAGUGCACUUGCAAGACUAACGUGAUAGGCCAGUCAUGCAGCGAGUGCAGGCCCGGAACAUUCGACCUGUCCGAGUCCAACUUGGACGGCUGUAUCGAGUGUUACUGCUCCGGAGUGUCCAACGAUUGUCAAUCGUCAAACAUGCUGCGGGAGGCUAUCCCCAUGCAGAUUGUUGACAAAACCCAUCUAUUCACACUUACCGAUCCGAAUAGACAAGUUGUAAUUCAAGAAGACUUCAUUUUGAACCCAGCCAUGAACGAGAUUGGAUACGACUUUGCCAACAACCAGCGACAGCAGAGGUUGUUCUGGUCCCUACCACCAGACUUCACUGGAAACAAGGUUCUUUCCUACGGAGGUAACCUCAACUUCACCCAGAGAUAUUCCGCACUACCUAGUCAUCCUCCGUCAUUUGACACAGACGUGAUCAUCGUGGGUCCGAGUCUGUCCAUCUAUUGGACUGAUGAAGAAGUACUGAGGCCUGAUGUAACUAGGUCUACAUCCAUCACUCUAAAAGAAAACAAGUGGAGACGUCUAGACCAGACUGUAGGUCAGCGACCUGCCUCUCGUGCAGAGAUGAUGCGUGUCUUGUCCAACGUUCAAGCCAUCCUGAUCCGAGCAACGCACAGCACACACACACAGCAGAGCUACCUGAGUGAUGUCAGUCUAGACACAGCUGUCCCUCAGCGUACUGGAGGUCCAGUGGCUGCGGAGGUGGAGGUCUGCAGAUGUCCGCCUGGCUACAGAGGCACAAGUUGUGAGACCUGCAGCACAGGCUACUAUCAAGACUUUGACAACACUUGUAAGAAGUGUCCCUGUAACAACAAUGAAGAACAUUGCGCCCUCGGUCCACAACAACAGGUCGUCUGCACAUGCAGGUCGCCCUACGGUGGAAUAUACUGCGACAGGAUCAUCAGUGGUGGUUCCCCGAGACCAACCCCAGAACAACCGAGGAUCUCCAUCAGUGUCAUAGAACCUACAGUGAUUGUCAUCGAGGCCGGAAACGACGUCAAAUUCCGCUGUGCUGGCAGAUCCCUUGUGUCCUCAGAGCCUGUGGUGUUGUCGUGGAGCAAAGAGAACGGAUAUUUACCACAAGGACGAGCUUAUGAUGACAAGAAGGGUCUGUUACUGAUCAAGUCGGUCCAGGCUUCUGACUCUGGAACUUACCUCUGUACGGCUUUUGAUGGGUUCAAGUAUGUCAGCGAAAGAGCAGUUCUCAAUGUUGGAGGUUCGCAGCCAGUACGCCCCGUGGUGACUGUGUCCCCCUCAGUGCUGGAUGUAAGGGAAGGUGAGCCAGUAGAGUUCCGUUGUGACGCUACAGGAGUGCCAGCCCCAACACUGCAGUGGGUCGGAGAUCGCUCUAGCAGGCUGCCACCUCAGUCAUCAUUCGCCAGUGGCGUGUUCCGCAUUCCAUAUGCCUCCCUGCAAGACGAAGGCACUUACACCUGUACGGCUAUCAACUCUGAAGGAGAUGACUCUGAAACUGUGUCUUUGUAUGUGAGAAGUGCUCCCCCCACUCUUCCACCGAUGCCAGAAGUCCGUUUGAGUAUUCAGCCUAGUGACUACAGUGGGUCAACCGGGGAAACAGUGCGGCUGGAAUGUACUGCUUCCAACCCUCGCAACAUACGGCUACAGUGGUCCAGGCAGGAUGGAGAGUUGUCGGCCAACGCCAGAGACGCUGACGGCAUCUUCACCAUCUACAAUCCUCAGCCGAGUGACAGCGGAAUCUACAUUUGUGCCGCAGUGGACAGAUCUACCGGCACUCCACUGCGCGAGACCAGAGCCAGAGUCAACAUCAACCAGCCUCAGAGGCCGCAGCCUACAAUCAGUAUCAGCCCUCCCAGACAGACAGUUUCGCAAGGGUCAGUAGCGGAACUGAGGUGUGUGGCCAGUGGACCCAUACAAUGGUCAAAGGCUGGAGACACAAUGCCUCCUAAUGCUAAGAUUGACGGAAUGAUUCUGCGUAUAGAGAACGUCCAAGUUAGAGACCGAGGAGUGUACGUGUGCCAAGUUGAUGGACCUGGAGGACUCAACAGAAUAACCAGCAUUCUGGAAGUGGAACGCCGAGAGAUUCCAGAGAUUGAGUUGUACCCAAGGGCGUCCCAGACUGUCAACGAGGGCGGAAGCGCUUUGUUCCAGUGUCGGGUCACUAAGGGAAUUCCGGAACCGACGCUUCACUGGAGCAGAGUGGACGGGACUCCACUGUCUCGCCAGGUGGAACAGCUUCCAGGCGGAGUACUGCGGUUCAACUCUGCCACAAGAGCAGAUGAAGGCCAGUACCUGUGUACAGCGGACAACCCCGAGGGUAGUGCUACGACCGUAGCCGAGCUGGUCGUCCACUCUAUGCCUUUGAUCACCAUCACCCCGCCGGGUCAGAGUGUGAAGGUGUCGCCAGGUCAACGGUUCAGACUAGACUGUCGGGCCUACGGUCACCCAGCACCCACCGUCGUCUGGUCCAAACACCAACCGGGUCUACAGUUCUAUGAGCCCAAGUCUAUUACACCGGAAACGGCUCAGGGAGCAGUGUACGAGAUCAAGGGAGCUACACAGGAUGAUGAGGGAAGUUACACGUGUACUGCUCGCAAUGCCGCUGGAGAGGUAGAGGAGAGGAUACAUCUCAUUGUGAGCGAUGAGCAGACGACGAGCGGACCAAGCCGAGGCGACAUCCCAAGCACAGGCAGCAGCGGAGUGUACAUCCCUGACGACGACUUUACUGUUCCCCUCGGCGGACAUGUGACCGCCCGCUGUAUAGCACAGGGUCCCCAGCAAAUCAUUAUACAGUGGGUGCGCCGCGACGGACAGCCGCUCAGCCCACAAGCCUAUGAGCGCAACGGAGAACUCUACAUACGCGACGUGCAGUACUCAGAUGCAGGUGAUUACUCUUGCCAAGGACUCGACGCUCGCGGCGAACCUCUGUUCACAGCCAUCGCACACAUCAGAGUAAUCGAGCCAAUGAAGAUCCGACUAGACCCGGAGAGACAGGUGGUGAGACCUGGCGAUCACGCGAUGAUCACAUGUACAGCGACGGGAGAACAACCAAUAGACAUCAGCUGGCACUCGGCGGACAACCAGCCACUGCCUCGCUCUGUGAGGGUGCAAGGCGGAGUCAUUGAGUUUGUAGGAAUACGUGAGAGUGAUGCUGGAAGAUAUGUAUGUAAAGCGUCCAACGCUCGAGGAAUUCUAGAGGCCACCGCUGAUGUUAUCGUCAAUGACAAUUCCCGAGUGACAUCGGUGAGAGCAUUGGACCGGAAUCCGACGGCCAUGGAGGGAUCAAGCAUCCAACUACGCUGUGACACAUCACAAUACCAAGAGAUAUCAUGGACCAGAGAUUAUCAGCCGUUACCUUCUCGAGCGACGAUAGAAGGUCCGAUCCUGCGAAUUGACAACCUUCAAAUGGAGGACGCAGGGCGAUACAUCUGUCGAACCACAGCGUACGGCUCUACGGCCCAGGACUACAUCGAUCUGAGAGUAGAACGUUUGAAUGAGGUUGAGCUGCAAAUCGAGGCAAGCAAGCGAGAGGUGCAUUACGGAGAUACAGUUGACUUACGAUGUACUGUGCUCGGACCGUCCAACGUCAAGCAAUAUUGGUCUCUUAGUGACGGACGAAGUCUGCCUUCCAAUGCUCGGCAGAGCGGCCAAGUUCUUAGAAUAACCCAAGCUACAUCUGAGAACAACGGAACGUACAGAUGUACUGCUUAUCUAAACAACAACCGUUACGACAAGGACUAUUUACUCUCUGUAUUUGAUGAUCGGCCGACCCACGAUGCCGCCUCAGCCGAGACAGUGACAGCUAAUUACGGACAGACAGUGGACCUUGUGUGUAACAUUGAUCUGGAGGGUCCCAUCACUCACACCUGGACCAAGCAUGGAGGAGUGUUGCCGUCAAACGCUCAGAUAUCUGGGAAACACCUGACCAUCCCGGCUGUGACAUACAAGGAUGCAGGACUCUACAUCUGUACGGCCAGCAACGGCAACAUCACCGUAGACAUUCCCAUGAUCACCCUGGUUCACGGUGCUGUGCCGUUCUUUGCUCAGGCACCCAACUCUUACCUGGCGCUGCCGACGCUACCCAACACCUAUCUUUCCGUUAGCCUGGAGAUCACUUUCAAACCGGAGAACCCUAAUGGUUUGAUCCUGUACAACGGUCAACACCCAGAUGGUAAAGGCGAUUUCAUCUCGUUCGGUUUACGAGACGGAAUUCCCGAGUUCCGGUUUGAUGUCGGUUCUGGACCAGGAAUCAUCCAAGGCUCUCAGAAACUGUCUCUCGGAGAGUGGCACACUGUGCAACUGAGUCGGUUCAAGAAAGACGGAACCAUGUAUGUGGAUGAGAACCAGUACUACACAGGCAAGUCAGUGGGCCGCAUGCAAGGAUUGGAUCUCACCCAGCCAUUGUACUUGGGUGGAGUGCCUGACUUCACUAGAAUACACAGUCAGAACGGCUUCGACACAGGAUUUGUUGGUUGUAUCAGCCGACUUGUCAUAAACGACAAAGAAGAGAUUGACAUAAUGCAGGAGAAGAAGGAUGCAGAAGGAGUUACGACUUGUGAGACUUGUGCAGUCAACCCAUGCGUCAACUCUGGCGUGUGUCAAGAGGCUCCUACCAAGUCUGGAUAUACUUGCCUGUGUCCGAGAGGAUUUAGUGGAUUGAACUGCUCUCACGAGGGUGAGCCGUGCUACCCAGGUGCUUGCGGCUCGGGACGCUGCAUUGAUACGGACGACGGACUCGAGUGUUACUGCGGCAUGGGCAAGGCCGGGGAUCGCUGUGAACGUGAUGUCUCCAUCACUGAGCCAGCCUUUGCCAAGAACUCCUUCCUUGCAUACCCUACGCCAAAGACUCUAAACAAGAUCAAAAUAAGUCUCAAAUUCAACCCGACAGACGACUCCAACGGACUACUGCUGUACUGUUCUGAAAAUGACGACGGAGUUGGUGACUUUGCCUCCCUAUCCAUCCGAGACAGACGACUUGAGUUCAAGUUUGAUUCUGGUUCAGGAGUGAACACGCUGCAGAGUAUCCGAGAGAUAGUGCCCGGUCAGUGGGUGACGGUCAACGCAGGGUUGUCAGGUUUGGACGCGCAGCUGUCUGUGACUGGAGACUUACCGGUGUCCAAGGGUGUGUCCGCAGGAGUGUUCAAGUUUACAACUCCGUUGUACAUUGGAGGCUUUGACAAGUCAAGGAUAAGACCGGCCGUUGGGGUCGGUGUCCGCCAGGGAUUCCACGGAUGCAUCGCUGAGGUACAAGUUUCUGGUCUCAAUCUGGAUCUGAUUCGGUCGGUGGUUGACUCGGCCAACAUUGAGCAAUGCUCUAGUGGCUACGGAGAUCCGUGUCAGUUUAGACCCUGUCAGAACAACGGCGUCUGCUACACUCUACCUGACGGCAAGAGUUACCAAUGCAGCUGUCCCACUGGAUACACAGGUGAGGACUGCGAGACUGAACAAGACAUGUGUGCAGUACUACAGCCUUGCCAAAAUGGGGGAUCUUGCGUCGGAACACCAAGCUCGUACAAGUGUGACUGCCCCUUCGGAUACGCAGGCCCUACAUGUACAGAGAGAAUUGAGUUCAGAACAGAGGUUCAAUUCAACGGGGAUGGCUACAUAGAACUGAGCAAAGACUUGCUUCCGCACACCGAUCCGGAUAAAGCAGAACAGAUCAAUAUAGAGUUUACCACAUCACAAGCAAACGGUCUGCUGCUAUGGCACGGCCAGACACCGCAAAUGGAUGGAACAGGACAAGACUAUUUGUCAGUCGCCGUGGUAGACGGCUACUUACAGCUCAGUUAUGAACUGGGCUCCAGGCCUGCAGUGAUCAGGUCCACACAGCGAGUCGACGAUGGAGAAAGACAUUCCGUAGUCAUCAAGCGGCAAGGCAAGGACGGCUUGUUGAUACUCGAUCGAGAGAGUCAAGUGUUUGGUGAGAGCGGCGGACUGCUGACGCAACUCAAUACCGCCGGAAACAUCUAUGUCGGUGGUUUACCCAACAUAGAGCACAUGGCGCCUAACAGCAACAUAACCAACUUUGUCGGCUGUAUACACUCCCUGCAGAUCGAAGACUCCGGGGUCAUCAACUUUGCGGAGAAAGCGAUCAGCUCUGUAAAUGCAUUACCAUGUCCAAGUUCGGACGAUUACGAAGACGAAGAAGAUGCUGGAAGAGGAGAUGUUGGAAAAUAAAAGCGAGUCACGCUUUAGAAAAUAAUCAUCAACCUCCGAGUCAAUUUGUGUUCAUUAUUUGUGUAGGGUCCUUUUAUAGUUUAUUGUUUUUUUAUCCAUAUUGUUUAAUUUAUUACAUUUUGUUGACUAGUAGUUUACUUAUAUACCGUAGAAAGCGAUAUGGACAUAGAAACAAUGAAUUUAAAAGUAUUGAACUGCCUCACGUAAUUGUUACUAACCGCUUCGUGCCAUAAAAAUAAUUAAUCUUAACCAUUAGAUGUAUUCCAAAGAGUUGUCCCUUGGCUUCCAGUACUGCCAAUUUAGUGUCUUUGCCACAAUUUAGUGAUCUUUAAGUUUAGGAUUUUUUUUACGUUGCAGAGAGUGCGCUGUUUGUGUGGAAUGAUCAUUUUCUUUUCAUUCCUAAAGAAACUUUGUGACCUGACUUGGGUUUUGUGUGGAUCCAUGGUAUAAGGUUUGUCUGGAGAAGAUUAAAUCACACAAACAUUCGUUUUCCUGCUGCUUUGAUUUCAUAUUUAUAAAUCCAAGGAAGCAUAACCUAAUUUAGUCAAUUGUGUUCAGUUCUUACUUAAGUUUGAAGAUCACUUAAGACAUUCUUAUUUUUCCAUUUACUUGAUUUUAGCGUUACUUUUUUAAUAUUUGCAGACACAAAGUCUGUUUUUUACACUAUAAAUAUUUGUUCAAACUUUAGGUUAGAGUUGUUUUUGUAAGUAUUAUCAAUCGCAGACAAAUGACGAUUUAUUUUUUGUACGCUUUAUUCCGUUAAAAAAUCUUAUUUCCAUGACUGUUUCAUUCAUGCGGGUUUACAGGUUGUAGGACUGAAGCUGUUACUGGGUAGUAUUUAGUACGAGCAAUUUACAGAUAUUUAUAUAGAUUAUAUUUUUAACCUAGUUGUGGAAACAAGAUUUUUUAUCUCUUUUCUGUACUCUUCUUGUAAUGUUAUGUUUUAGCUAUAACUGUUGUACUAUUAUAGAUUACCGCCAUUGUAAAUGUUUGUUAGCAUAAAAAUAUUGUGCUGUAAUUUAAAUGUUAUGUUUUAAUAAGAACUAAACUAUUUGUACAAACGAACAAACUAAUAAGGUCUUUUGUUAAUGACGAUGACAAUAAAAGAUGUAUUAUAUUUA